GUAACGGCGCUGUGACCUCAGCCCGCCGGCCCGGGCCGGGUGCCGGAGGCGACAUGAGCGUGGCGGUCACGUUGGCGGAGCUGGCGGAUGUCGCCUUCCGCACGGCCCGUGGCUGCGGUGUCAACGCCGGCGCCCUGCAGCUCCUGCUGCGCGGGCUGCUGGAGCACCUGCGGCUGCAAAAUGCCGCCACACACCUCUCCGAGGACGAGAGGGGCCUCCUGCAGCCCGAGCUCAGCGCCAGGCCCCCCAUUCUCCUCCAUCCGGGCCAUCCUGGCGGGUCCCUGGGUGUGACAGAGCUGCCGAGCUCUGGGCAGGGACCUGGCACGCCGGCCGCUGACACGGAGCAGAUGGUGCAGCUGAGGAAGAGGAUAGAGGUGAUUGAGGAGGGGAUGACGAAGGUCACAGACACACUACAGGAGGUGCUCACCAACACCUGCUCCCUGAAAACCACCAUCCAGGCCUUCCAGGAAGAGCUGCAGCUCCUGAAGGACAGUUUCCAGAAGACUGGUCUGGAGGAGCUGCGAGAGCAGGUGAUACAGCAGGACAAACACAGCCACCUCCUGCAGAACAUCCUGAGCCAAAUGGUGGAGGUGCGGCAGCAGCUGAGCUCCUUCCCCUGGCAGACCGGAAUGCUGUGCUCGCUCUGCAGGCUGCCUGCUGGUGAGAAGCUUUCCAGCCAGGACCUCAUCCCUGAGUCCUCACAGGAGCCAGCUCUCGAGGCCCCAUGCAGGCUGAGCGGGCUGUUGGAGCAGCACGAGAGUGUGGAGACCUGCAUCACCUGCAGCAAGAGCACGCUUCAGCAGCACGCUGGCCUGGGGACCUCAGAGGAUGUGGCCACGGAGAAGAUGCAGGGAGAAGGGUCAGAUUUCGGCAGGGAGGUGCUGAACCAGGUGGGACAGCUGCAAGAGCAGUGCACAAGACUCCAGGAGGCUGCAGAGCAGCUGUGGGGUGACUCCAAGGACACUCAGGCACAGCGGCAGCAGACUUGGAGGCUCAGCAAGCAGUGCCACUGCCAGAGACCUUACUUUGACACCAGCAGUGCCAAUAGACUCAAGAGGAACCUCUUUGAUCCCAUGAAGUGCAUCUCCUGUGACAGACCUCUGGCCGCAGCCCCAAGGCUGCCUUUGGUGACAGUCCGCAAGGCCAGUGCUGGUGGCUCCGACUGCCUGGCACAGCAGCUGCCAGGAAGGGAGACCGAAGGGCGCAACCAGAUCAGCCAGGGUCCCACAGCUCCCACCAGGCCACCGUCUGCCUCCAGCUCCCUCACUACCAUCUGUCCCUUCGGAGUCCCUGCAGACCUCACCUACAACAAUGUGCUGCCAUGCGGACAAGGAUGGUCUCCUCAGCGGGUCGCUGGCCGGCCUCUGCUGGCGGCAGCAGGAUGGCAGGUGUAUGAGCUGGCUGCGGGUGGUGUGAGUGUACAGCAAGGGGCUUCAGGGAUUGGAGGGGUGGGGGCCAUGCUGCCCCAGCCUCUCCUUCUCCCUCACAGCCUCUUAUCACAGCAGGGUAACACCAUAUGCCAUAAAUCUCUCUCCUGUGCUGCCUGGGCUCUGUGUGGUUCCUGAGCAUACAGGGCAUCCUGGGGGAGGACCUUGCAGAGGUCCUGGUGCAGCCUCUAGGAUGGGGCAGUGCAGGUGGUUCCUGCCCCAUUUUAGCCCCAGCCAGGUGUGUGCUGCUCUCCCCACAGCGCUUUGAGAUGUUUCCCCACAGGGAUGCUUCUGGAUCAUGCUGAGUCCCAGUGAGCUCUCUAACCAGUCCACAGGUCCCUGGUUAGCCCUGGGCUGGAGCAUGUCUCCUACAGAGGCAGGCUGAGGAAGCUGGGCUUGUUAAUCCUGGGGAAGAGAAGGCUCUGGAGAGACUCACUGCAGCCUUUCAGUAUAUAAAAGGAGCUUAUAAGAAUGAUGGACUUCUACAGGGCUCUGUAGUGACAAUGAGCAGCAGUUUUAAACUAAAAGAGGGGACAUUUAGGUUGGAUAUAGGAAAGAAGUUUGUCACGCAGAGCACAGUGAUGCCCUGACCAGAGUCAUGAGUGCCCCAUCCUUGGAGAUACCCAAGGCUGUGGAUGGGGCCCUGGGCAGUCUGAAUUGGUGGGAGGUGUUACUGCCCAUGGUGGGGUUGGACUGGAUGUUCUUCACAUCCCACCACUGCUGCAAACGAAGCAAAGACACUGGGUUCAAAGCAGAGCAUGUAUUGCAAGCAGCUGCGACAUGUCCAGAGAGACUUGCAGCUGCCAGAAGAAAAGAACAGAGGGGUUAAAAAUGAUCCCAGUCUGUAGGGUUACACUUUGUCAUGCAGAAAGCCCCAGGGCAAACCCCAUCCCAGGAAGGUGAGGGGAUGUUGUGUGGCUCACCCAGGGCUCCACAUCUGCCCCCGGGGCUCUGUGCCUGCCUCAGCCCUGCUCACCCCCAGCACAGCAGUACAGGGUGCAGGAGCAGCCCUUGCUCUCCUUCUUCUCCUCAUGAAGAACCAAUAUGGGGUAUCUGCCCCCCAUCCUGCCACAUGAGGCCAAAGGAAGGGGGCACUUGGGCAAGGUCUGGCGCAGGGACCGUGAAGAAGGAGCCUCUUCCUCCAUAAGUGUUACUUGCAUGCAAAUUCCAGUGUCCCAAAGGAGGGGGCUGCACCCUCCCCGAGUCCAGGCAGAGGCUGGCAGCAGUCUGUCCCACGCAGCCUCCCGCUGUCCCUGGGGAGCUCUGCUCAGCUCUAGGACAAGUAAAAACUACUUCAAACCAAACCCAUGCAAGGCAGCUAUUUGCUCAUGUGUCUCUGUGGCUGCCAGACCCCCUGGCAGCAGUUUCUCUCCUCUUUGGGGA